GAGAGAAUGGUUCUAAAGCCGCUCGUCUCUAACGCUGAGCUGGCUUUCAGAAUCCAGGCGAAUGUGUGUUUGGCUAGUCACGGCCCAGAAAGUACUUCUCUCAGCACUGAAACAAAGCUCUGUAUGUAAGGCACAAAUCCCCUCUUCGCCCUCCUACACAGGCACUGUGGAGCGGGCACACACCGCACUCCGCACCGAGAGCACGGGGGCAGGAGAUCUAGGAGGCUGGCAGGCGGGCCCCAGUCCUGGAGCAAAGAGGCACAUCUCCCACCCACACACACAUGAGCGCGCGCGCGCGCGCGCGCACACACACACACACACACACACACACACACCCUCUCACUGGGAAGAUCCGGACCUCUGCUUGGGAAUUUGGAAUGAGACCCUACUGGAAUGGCCAGGAGGGGUAGCAGGUGGAAGAAACCACUCGGAGGGGCCAGGGGCCGGAGGAGUCCCGGCGGUCGCAGCCCCUUAGCGGGGACCCCUCCGGGAGAAUCCCUCUCCAGGGGCUUCGCCAGCCGCUCGCCGCCCGCCGGGCUGGAGGUGGAGUAGUUCAGAAGCAACUGACGCAGCCCGGAUUCGAGCUUUGCAAAGCCGCUCGCUGGGAAGGGAAGCAUCUGCCCCUCCCUCCCCCACCGCGCGCCCUCGAUCCGCCGCUUGCCCCCUCCCCGCGUGACGUCACCCCAGCCCUGUCCGGGGGAGCCUGCAAAACCUCUCAAAUUCAAACUGUCGGGCGCACUGCUGCCGCCGCCAGCGCAUCGGAAGCGCGCGCCCAGGCUCGGCCGUCGCCGUCGCCGCCGCCGCCGCCCGCCACCCGGGCCGGCCGGCUCCCCGACCUCCCUCCGCAACCGCACCCCCGGGUCGCCGUCGGCUCAGCCUGCAGCCGCCCCGGCCGUCCUCUCCUCCCCUGCGGCCUGCCGGAUUUCGGAUUUCUGCGCACCCCGCCCCCCCCCCUCCCCAGGCAAAUUAAAUCCGCCGGCGGAAAGCAGGGCAUCCCCCCGGAAGCGGCGUCUUCUUUUACCUCGCUCUUCUUCUCUUUCCGAAGAUGCCAAACUACUGGCGGACUGCAGAGGAGAGGGGUCCCGUCUUCUCCUGAUGUGUUUGCCUGUAGGUACCUGAACUGACACCGACGGUGCCUAAAGAUGCUGAGCGGCGUUUGGUUCCUCAGCGUGUUAACCGUGGCCGGGAUCUUACACACGGAGAGCCGCAAAACUGCCAAAGACAUUUGCAAGAUCCGCUGCCUGUGCGAAGAGAAGGAAAACGUACUGAAUAUUAACUGCGAAAACAAAGGAUUUACAACUGUCAGCCUGCUCCAGCCCCCCCAGUAUCGAAUCUACCAGCUGUUCCUCAAUGGAAACCUCCUGACCCGCCUGUACCCUAACGAGUUCGUCAAUUACUCCAACGCCGUGACUCUCCACCUGGGCAACAACGGGCUGCAGGAGAUCCGCACCGGGGCGUUCAGCGGCCUGAAGACCCUCAAGAGACUGCACCUCAACAACAACAAGCUCGAGGUGCUGAGGGAAGACACCUUCCUCGGCCUGGAGAGCCUCGAGUACCUCCAGGCCGACUACAAUUACAUCAGCGCCAUCGAGGCGGGGGCCUUCAGCAAACUGAAUAAGCUCAAAGUGCUCAUCCUGAAUGACAACCUUCUGCUGUCGCUGCCCAGCAAUGUGUUCCGCUUCGUCCUGCUGACCCACCUGGACCUGAGAGGCAACAGGCUGAAAGUGAUGCCUUUCGCCGGCGUCCUUGAGCAUAUUGGAGGGAUCAUGGAGAUCCAGCUGGAGGAAAACCCGUGGAAUUGCACUUGUGACCUACUUCCUCUCAAGGCUUGGCUCGACACCAUAACGGUGUUCGUGGGGGAGAUCGUCUGCGAGACUCCCUUUCGACUGCACGGGAAGGAUGUGACCCAACUGACCAGGCAAGACCUCUGUCCCAGAAAGAGCCCCGGGGACGCCAGUCAGAGGGGUGGCCACGCUGACACUCACGUCCAAAGGCUGUCGCCUACGGUGAAUCCUGUGCUCAACCCGACCAGGGCCCCCAAAGCCAGCCGGCCGCCCAAAAUGAGAAAUCGCCCAACUCCCCGGGUCACCGUCUCAAAGGACAGGCAGAGCUUUGGACCCAUCAUGGUGUACCAGACCAAGUCCCCCGUGCCCCUCACCUGCCCCAGUAGCUGUGUCUGCACCUCUCAGAGCUCCGACAACGGCCUAAACGUCAACUGCCAGGAAAGGAAGUUCACCAACAUCUCCGACCUGCAGCCCAGACCUACCAGCCCAAAGAAACUCUACCUGACGGGGAACUAUCUCCAGACUGUCUAUAAGAACGACCUCUCAGAAUACAGUUCUCUGGAUCUGCUGCACUUAGGAAACAACAGGAUCGCGGUCAUUCAGGAGGGUGCCUUCACAAACCUGACCAGUUUACGCAGACUCUAUCUGAACGGCAAUUACCUUGAAGUGCUGUACCCGUCUAUGUUUCACGGGCUGCGGAGCUUGCAGUAUCUCUAUUUAGAGUAUAAUGUCAUUAAGGAAAUUAAACCGCUGACCUUCGAUGCUCUGAUUAACCUCCAGCUACUGUUUCUCAACAACAACCUGCUGCGCUCCUUGCCUGACAACAUAUUCGGGGGCACGGCCCUCACCAGGCUGAACCUGAGAAACAACCACUUUUCCCACCUGCCCGUGAAGGGGGUUCUGGAUCAGCUCCCGGCGUUCAUUCAGAUCGACCUGCAAGAGAACCCGUGGGACUGUACCUGUGACAUCAUGGGGCUAAAGGACUGGACGGAACACGCCAAUUCCCCCGUCAUCAUCAACGAGGUGACCUGUGAAUCUCCCGCCAAGCACGCAGGGGAGAUACUGAAGUUUCUGGGGCGGGAGGCCAUCUGUCCGGACAGCCCGAACUUGUCAGACGGAACCGUUUUGUCAAUGAAUCACAACACAGACACUCCCCGGUCGCUCAGCGUGGCCCCCAGUUCCUACCCCGAACUACACACUGAGGUUCCACUCUCCGUCUUAAUUUUAGGAUUGCUUGUGGUCUUCAUCUUGUCUGUCUGUUUCGGGGCCGGCUUGUUCGUCUUCGUCCUGAAACGCAGAAAGGGGGUGCCGAGCGUCCCGAGGAGUGCCAACAGCCUCGACGUGAGCUCCUUCCAGCUACAGUACGGGUCCUACAACAGCGAGACUCAGGAUAAGACGGACGGCCACGUCUACAACUACAUCCCCCCCCCCGUGGGUCAGAUGUGCCAGAACCCCAUCUACAUGCAGAAGGAAGGAGACCCGGUAGCCUACUACCGCAACCUGCAAGACUUCAGCUAUGGCAACCUGGACGAGAAAAAGGAAGAGCCGGCCACGCUUGCCUACACUAUAAGCGCCGCCGAGUUGCUGGAAAAGCCGGCCGCACCCAGAGAGCCCGAGCUGCUGUACCAGAACAUCGCCGAGCGGGUCAAGGAACUUCCCAGCGCGGGACUCGCCCACUAUAACUUUUGUACCUUACCGAAGAGGCAGUUCGCCCCUGCGUAUGAAUCUCGACGCCAAAACCAAGACAGAAUCAAUAAAACCGUUUUGUACGGAACUCCCAGGAAAUGCUUUGUGGGGCAGUCAAAACCCGACCACCCUUUACUGCAAGCUAAGCCGCAGUCCGAACCAGACUACCUCGAAGUUCUGGAAAAACAAACUGCAAUCAGUCAGCUGUGAAGGGAAACCAUUUACAACCCUAUGGCAGCCGAGGGUGCUGCUGCAAACUGUUGGAAGCACUACAUUGGCUUUUGUGUGUGUUUGCCUUCUCCCUUCCUCGGCAUCAAUGGGGGACUUUGAAAAUGCGUGGGGGAUGGGGUGAAGCAAUGAUCCUGCUUUUCCAAGUUUUCCUUUAAAUUAUUUCUCUCUCGCUCCCCUCUCCCGCCUUUCCCCCCCCCCCCCCUUCUCUCCUUAGGAAUCGUCACGGAACACGAGUGUUUUCUACGGUGCGUUGUUUUUUGGUUUCUGAUUGUUUUGUUUUGUUUUUUUUUUUUUCGUAUGUUCUAUGGAUGGUUUUGUUUCUUUUUUCUUCCUUUCUUUUUCCAGUGUGUGGGAAUGGGAAGAGGAGAUUGUAGUGAAUGAAGAAAGAGUAAGCAAACUUUUCACGUUAAAAAUGGAUAUUUGGCGUAUUUUGUAGAAGAUCUCCAAAGACCUUUGGAGACUAUACAUUCUUUUGUAAAUAAUGAUAUGUGGUAUUUCUGUCUUCAGUUUCCAAGUAUAGCCGCCAGGCAACACUUCUUUGUGUUAAAGUGCCUUUGCACUUUAAGUACAUUACUUAAAUGUUGCUGUUAGCUUUGAUAAAUUGGACAUAUUUUAAUGUGUUGUAUUUUUGAAAUUAAAAACACUGUAAAAUAGACGAAAAUGUCAGCUAUAUGAAGUCAGCGUACAGUUUGCUUGAGUUAUAGAAACCAGCCUGUCAUCAAAUGAUUCUAGUUGUAGGACUUUAGAGAUUUAACUGUAAAAUAUUUCCUUUCUUCUGGGUUUGUUCUAAGUGAUUUUAUUUAAGUCAACUAAGGGGAUUUAACAGUGGACUAGAGGUCAGACUGCCUCAGUCGGGAUUAGUAAUUCAUUAAUAAAAUAUAUUUAACCCAA